AUGAGACCAGGGAAAAUACAAAGUAAGGGCAUACUGACUCCAUCUACACCAACUCUAUUGAAGAAGAAGAAGAAGUGCGGUGGUCCUACUCCAAGAAGCUCAUCUCCCAUCACUAAAAACAGACAACCAGCAAAGCUGAGUCCAUGUGGAAGUCCCAAUGUAAGCUUAGUACGGGGUGCAGAAUGGAUUGGUACCCCUACGCGUCCUUCGCCGUCCAGAACGUCGGUCCUUCUAACCCCGAGAUGCACUCCUAGUAAACUAGAUUUCAGCUCGAUAGAUAGUGAGACAGAGAGACAUAGUUGUAUGAUUGAACCUAGGAGCUUAAGUUUGGAAUUUGAUGAGUUGGGGGAAGACAGUGACUGAAACAGAGACUACCUUGACCACAUCCAGGAUUAUGAAUAUUCAUGAGAAAGCCAACAAAAUGAGGCUGUAAAGCAUUGACAGAUACAGUGUUGAAUAAUUCAUGAGACCUUAUGGGUUGUGUGGUCUAGCCUUGGACUUGUGAACAUGAGGUCAAGAGUUCAAAUCCCUGCUCGGACAUUAUCUCCACUUUAUUAAACCAGACUGGGCUGAGAGUAAUUCAUUUCAUCUAUAACUGAUUAACUGAGACAUUGUGGCCCAUGUUCUAAAUUCUGGUUAACUAAAAAAUGGUCAGGGGCCCGUUGCAUAAUACUUUUGCCAUAAAAAACCCUUGCAAAUAAACAAAAACUCUGGCUAACAAAACUAUGCAAUUGAAAAUUACACGUUUUUUUCAUGGCGAAAGGUUUUAUGCAACCGGCCCCUGAUGUUGUGGUUUAACUAUGGAGAGCCAAACAUUACACGAUUAUAUGACAUGGCAGGCUCACAUUAUCAGCUCAUUUUACACUCAAAUCAUUCGUAACUGUUUUGCAAUGAUACUCAAAAUAGCUUUCUUCAUUAUUAUUAUUUUAUUCGGCACUUAAAGAUAAAUUCCAGUUGUGGGAACGAUCUCAAAAUGAUUUUUUACAGAAUUUAAUGUAAUGAUCACCAAAGUGUCUGCUUGUAUGAAUAAAAAAUAUGUGCCAAAGGAUUCUGGAAGAAAUUGUGUAAUUGCUGAGAAAUAAGCAAAAUAAGCGCGGAUUCUGUCAUUUCCGUCGGGUCUUUAUUCCAGCAAUAAUAAUACACUGUCCCACGUGUGCCUAUCUGUGUUGGCGAUCUUCAGUGUGAUCGUUUUUAGCUAGAUAUUAUGAUUUCACAAAGUUCAGUUUAUGUAACUGUACCAGAUCUAGAUCCACGAUGAUAUAUCAAUACUUUACCUUGGUUUUACAGACUUUCUCACGAAAUCAGUGUUUUACUGCAACUACGUUCAUUUAGCUUUAAUAAAAAACAAGACAGCAUGUACAAUGCAAGAUUGAGAAAUAGUACAAAAAAUACAAAUAUUCUUUAGACCCUUUCUCACCCAACCAGGUAGCCUGGGUAGGAAAUAGGUCAACUUAAUGGCCAUGACCCACAGGCCUCCCCUCCCACACCUGAUUGGGUGAACAAAGAUCAUUACAUACAAUAGAGUUACAAAAUGGAAUAACAUGAUGAUAGUAUAAAACAGGUAGGUUGCACAAAAAAGGAACCAACUUAUGAUUAACAACCAUAGAAAGCCAGGAGGAACAAAUAUUUGAUUAAAAUAAAUUGAUCCAGAAUUAGGGAACAGUUGAAAUCAGCAUUAAAGCGUGAGGGUACAACGAAAGAAAUAUAGAACCAUACAAUGUAAACAACAUUUUGACAUGUUUCAGAUUCCCAUAAAUGUAGCACAGAGUUAAAUCAUGGUCUAAGUUGAAAUGGACCCCAGAAUAAGCCAGUUCGGAGUUCCAUUCUGCUCAUGAUCAGAUGAAGGUCAGUUGUACUAAAGUGACAUGGUGGUUUAAUAUUUAAUGAACUAUAAGCAUCAACUUUGAUGUCUUGAUUAUUCAUAUAUUGUAAAUAAAGAGGCUUAAAUAGGAGGAAAUUAUAAUUUGUAAACAAAUUUUCGGCAUUACUCCUACGUGUUCAAGAUCGCACGCUCAAUCUGUAAUGAAAAUCAUAAGUCAGAAAAAAUUGGAACACGGUGGGAUUCGAACCUGCCAUCUACUGCUUUCCGGGCAGCGACUUACCCACCAGGCUAUUCUGGUUCACGGCUAAAUCACGAUGAACUGGAAUUUUGUCUGACUUAUGAUUUUCAUUACAGAUCGAGCAUGCAAUCUAAAACACAUAGGAGUAAUGCCAAAAAUUUGUUUACAAAUUAUUCAUAUAUUCUUUUGAAUUGCGUUUUUCAUUAGAUCCACACAACACGUUGAUCCGUCAACUAUAGCGACUGGUAUUACACAGUUGGCCAAGUACAUUCUUAUAAGAACAUGCUAAUGCAUUCAAAGUAGAAACGCAACAAAACCUUCAUAGAGUGUCCAUUGCUGUGCUAUUCUAGUCACCUGGGGCCCGUUCCAUAAAGCUGUUCGUAAAAUAUGAAUGACUUUACGCAAGACCGGUGAC